AUGUCAGCCGAAGACGCAUUCACGUUCUUGCCGCAGGGCGCCAUCAUUCAGGAGUUUCGCGUUGCGGGGCACAACAUUGUCCAAGGUUUCCCUACCGCGGAGCCUUACAAGACCAAGAAUUCGGCCUACUUUGGUGAGACCAUCGGACGUGUCGCAAACCGUAUCAAGAAUGCCGAAAUUCAAAGCUUGAAUGGAAAAUCCUACAAGCUCACAGCAAACAAUGGACCCAACGCCCUUCACGGAGGCCCCGCUGGCUGGGGCAAGAGAAUCUUUGAUGGACCUACCCCUGUCAACAGAAAUGGAACAGAAGCCGUUCAAUUCAAGUAUCUGAGCAAGGACGGCGAGGAAGGCUAUCCUGGAACAGUGGAACUUCGCGUCUGGUAUAUUGCAAGCAAAAAGAACGAUGGCGGUGUGGACAAGACCCAACUCGAGAUCGAGUACGAGGUCGAACUCGUCGGCGAUGAGGUCGAAGAGACGUUAGUUUCGGUUACCAACCACAGCUACUUCAACAUUUCCGGAAAGGACACGAUCGAGGGCACUGAAGCUACUCUGAUGACCGAUCAGUUCAUGGUCGUGGACGAUACAGACAUCCCAACUGGCGAGAUCAAAGCUUUCCCUGGUGUUGAAGCCGAGAAGUCCUUCACACUCGGUGCUGUCGACCCUGAUAUCGACCACUGUUUCGUCAUCAACACUGAUGCUUCAAGCAUCCCCCUUGACACAAGAUCGGGUCCUCUACGCAAGCUGUGUGCCUUCUUCCACCCCACCACAAAGCUUCAUUUUGAGGCACUCAGCACCGAACCUGCCUUCCAGUUCUACACUGGCAAGUACAUAGACAUCCCGGCUGUCGACGGCGCACCUGCACGCGGUGCUCGUGCCGGUUUCUGCGUUGAGCCCAGCCGUUACAUUGAUGCUGGAAAUAACGACAAGUGGAAGAAGAUGGUCCUCCUGAAGAAGGGUCAAACCUACGGAAGCAAGAUCAUCUAUCGUGGAUGGAAGGAGUGA